AGCGCCCAGCCUCCUCCCCCUGGUUCCAUACACCCAGCUUUUUCCUAGUAUCUCCUCCAACACCACCAUGCUCCGGGCUGCUUUGGGCUCACUCUGCUCCAGGGUAUCAUCUGUGCCCCUGGGGGUCCAGGUCAGCAGGUUCUCCGCUGCCGCCAUCCCUGCACCUAACCCCAAGGCAGAUGUCAAGUAUAACCAGCUAUUUAUUAACAAUGAAUGGCACGAUGCUGUCAGCAAGAAGACCUUCCCAACAAUUAACCCAUCCACAGGAGAGGUCAUCUGCCACGUUGCAGAGGGAGAUAAAGCAGAUGUGGACAAGGCUGUGAAGGCUGCUAAAGAUGCGUUUAAACUGGGAUCGCCAUGGAGGAGAAUGGAUGCUUCACAUAGGGGUGUUCUCCUGAACCGCCUAGCAGAUCUCAUUGAACGGGACAGAGCCAUCCUAGCUAAUUUGGAGACGCUGGAUAAUGGAAAGCCUUAUGCCAUCUCUUAUGCAGUGGAUCUGGAUUUGGUGCUUAAAUGUUUAAGAUAUUACGCUGGAUGGGCUGAUAAGUGGCAUGGGAAAACCAUUCCUAUUGAUGGAGACUACUUUACCUACACCAGGCAUGAGCCAGUUGGCGUCUGUGGACAGAUCAUCCCGUGGAACUUCCCUCUUCUGAUGCUGGCAUGGAAAUUUGGCCCAGCUUUGGCCACAGGAAAUGUGAUUGUCAUGAAAGUGGCAGAACAGACACCCCUCACUGCACUUCAUGUUGCGAGCCUUGUCAGAGAAGCUGGAUUUCCACCAGGUGUUGUGAAUAUUAUUACUGGGAUGGGUCCCACUGCUGGAGCUGCCAUCUCCUCUCAUGUGGAUGUGGAUAAAGUUGCCUUUACUGGUUCUACAGAGGUGGGUCGUUUAAUCCAGCAGGCAGCUGGUAAUAGCAACUUGAAGAAAGUGACUCUGGAGCUUGGUGGGAAAAGUCCAAACAUAAUAUUUUCUGAUGCAGACUUGGACUGGGCUGUGGAGCAGGCCCACUUUGCCCUAUUCUUUAACCAAGGCCAGUGCUGCUGUGCUGGCUCUCGUACCUACGUACAGGAAGAUAUAUACAAAGAGUUUGUUGAAAGGAGUGUACAUAGAGCUAAGAACAGGAUUGUGGGAAAUCCUUUUGACUUUAAGACUGAACAGGGACCCCAGGUUGACGAGGAUCAGUUUCAUAAAGUUUUAGGAUAUAUUAAAGCUGGGAAACAAGAGGGUGCCAAAUUGCUGUGUGGUGGGAACCCUGCUGCUGACCGAGGCUAUUUUAUUCAACCUACGGUCUUUGGAGAUGUGACUGACAACAUGACCAUUGCUAGAGAGGAGAUUUUUGGACCGGUGAUGCAAAUACUGAAAUUCAAGUCGAUCGAGGAAGUGAUUGAGAGAGGAAACAGCUCAAUGUAUGGUCUUGCAGCAGCUGUAUUCACCAAAGAUAUUGAUAAAGCAAACUAUGUGUCUAAUUCGCUGAGGGCUGGAACUGUCUGGGUAAAUUGCUAUGAUGUUUUCGGAGCUCAAGCCCCAUUUGGUGGAUACAAGGCUUCUGGAACUGGGAGAGAACUUGGGGAAUAUGGAUUGGAGGCUUACACAGAAGUGAAAAAUGUCACUAUAAAAAUUCCUCAGAAGAACUCUUAAGCGUCUCCAGUUCAUAUCCUCACAUUUCUAAGGAUCCUUGCUAAAUGUAAAAUCAAGGAGAGCUUGCUAAUGUGAAUUUUUUAUUUUGUUUUUGAUUUAGUGAUUUUUGCUUAAUAGAAAGAUCACUUAGCAUCCUUAACAUUUUAUAUUCCCUGCAAAUGUAUAAGCGCUUGUACUAAAUAUGGACACACAACUUGCUUCAUUUCUGGAAAAAUAAAAUAUUACUGUAUUUAAGGGACAUGUUUAGACACAAGUACAAUAUACCACAUUAAAGAAAAACACCUUGAUCAUGUAUUUAGUGAAAGAUCGUAACAGGGUUUCACCUGGCAGUCACUACCCUGGCUAAGACAAAGAUAAAAAAAAAAAAUAUCCCACUCGAGUCAGAUUAACAUGUUGCGGUAGCAUAUAGGUGAUGUAAUGAAUUUCUGUUAAAGGGAAUGGCACUUAAACUAUCAAUGUGUACUAGUAAAUGUCAGCAUAUUUAGUAGCACUUUUUAUCCUUUGUCCCACAUGGCAAAGUUCCAGCAUGCAUUUUCUAAAACAUACCAAAAAAGUCUAAGUAUCAACCAAGUUCUGAGCCCACCAUUAGGAGGAAUGCUCCAAUGUUUUGCAACCACAAUUUGUAAUCUACUUGCAGUAUUCUUAAAUAAAUGGUUUGGAAAUGUAA